AGUCAGCACAAGGCCCCUAAUAUUUUAAGGUAAAGACCCUACAAUAUUAUUGCGAAACUUCAACAAUUAGAUGACUCAAUUGAUACUUUAAUUUUAGAUUUACUGUGGUGACAGAAAAUUUUAUUUCAAGAGUGUGAAAAUAUUUUACAGAUGAAAAUUUCAAAAUACCAACAAUUUUCUCCACAUUCUCACUUUUUAUUCUACAAGCUCCCACAUUUUACGGUACUAUCACGUCUUUAAGAUAAGACGGGGGCCUGAUUAUUGAAGACCUUACAUGUGAGAAGUAUUUCAAGUUAUUAAAUAAACUUAAACUUUCUAAAUGAAAUAAACACAUACUUAUUUACUUGCUUACUCAGAUGACAUUUUACACAGACACAGAUACUAGGUCUCUCUCUCUCUCUCUCUCUCUCUCUCCCUCUCAAACCCACACCUUCACCCCACCCUUUGGCCAGGUUGGGUUACACACAUUACACAAGUGAUACAGCCUCAGAUAUCACACUCUUCAUAAAUUAUUAUUGCAGAGCCUGUGAGACGUAGGGAGUAUGUGGAAUUAGCCAGGUAGUUGGCAAGUGAAGUGGUCAGCGUGGAUGGAGCAGCAGAAUCAGGAUGGAUAUUUCUGCUUUGCCCAACAAUAACCACCCUGAGAAAUUCCUCCAGCUAGACGUUGGGAUGCUGCCAGCCACACACAGCAUGUUCCAGGUUGGGGCAGUAAUGUCCAGUCAGAAACAAUGGCAGAACAGGAUUUACUCUCAGAGGGAGCCAAGGGUAACAACCAAAAGCAGUUCUGUGCCACACCCAGACUGGAGUCCUGUGGUGUUUGUGGACAGAUACCUGGAGAAGCACAUCACUCCAUCCACUCUGAAGACCAACAUCAGACAGAACCCUCUGUACAUGGAUGUAAAAUCAGUGAUUGAGCAGAAUGAGACAUCACACCCUUCCUGGACUGUCAAGGACUAUGACACUCAAGCAAACCAUAGCAAUCUUGCAGAAUAUUUACAGGAAGAGGACAAGACUCCUAAAGAUCUGGAUUUCUGGCUCGAGGAUCUCUACACACCGGGAUUUGAUUCUUUACUGAAGAGGAAAGAAGCAGAGCGCAGAAGAAGACUCUGUAAAAUUAUCUCUUCAAUCAUUGUGAUUGUUUGUGUACUUCUUCUUUUUGUUGCAGUAGCUGUGGUUCUCCACAAAAACAUCUGACUUUCACCCUAAUGGCUUCAUAUCCAUAAUGGACAUGUUUUGGCUACAAUCUGUGGGGGUCGUGAAUUCAAAGCACAUUCUCUAAUUAACUGUCAAGUAUUUGCUGAAAUAUAAUUUUUAAAUUAGUUGAAAUGCACUAAAACACACAGUUUUGUGAAGGUUUGCCUGGAUCUGCUGGAGGUCUCUUCCUGUUUACAGUGAGUUCCUCCUUCCCACAAAUGCCGAUUUCUAAUACUGUAGGGUCCAUUAUCUUGCUAUAUAGUGAUUACAAAAACAUAAAAUAUUUUGGUAAGUACUAAUCAUGUUAAUUUAGGGCAGCAGCAGGAUUAUAUUUAUACUGGCUGGUGAUCUAAUAAAUGUGUUAUUUAAAAACUGUGAAAGCCCAGGAAGAAAAGAUAUGAUGUAGGAAAAUAAUUAAUAUUUGCCCUUGAAAUUUAACUUUGUCUUUAUGUGGUGCAGUAGACUGAUAUAAAGAGUGAGGCUGCACUUAUAAAGAUGCCCAGCCACAGAUGUAACUGCGUACUUGUACAUUUCAAUCUAUAAAUGCUUUUCAACUCUUCAUCUCAAAGUGUUAUCUUUCUUUAAGGUGCAGAAGACAAACGUUUUGUAUUUUUCUUCCCAAAGUGCAGGGAACACAUUUGUUUGGGUUAAAUAGUUGGCUUUAUGCCCUGUGUUGAAAUGAUAAUUAUCAAAUCCUGACCAACAGGUGUUUGAGCUCUGUUGCCCCAUCCAUCUUAUACCACAGAGCUUUUACGAUAAAUACAAUAAGGAUCUUAAAACUAUUUUUUUAAUUUAUUGCUCUCUUCAUGGUUUUGUAUUUUCACUUUCUUUAGUGUUAUUAUUUUAUACAUUAAAUUUUUUAUAUUACAUUAUGCAAGUUACAUGGACCAAAACGCUGUAACUGAUUAAAAUAGCGAUAAGCGGGACAGUGUGCUGAGGGUUUAUUAUACAUUUCUCUACCAAAAAAACAAAACAAAUCCACUAGCUGUCAUUGAUUUAGUUGUGCAGAGUUUUUCCUAUAAUUUGUUGUCUGCUGUAACACAGUAUUAGACCUCCAUUAACCCCCAACAGCAAAUAAACCUAAAAUAGUCCCCCCCCCCCCAAAGGAGAUUUCUUCCUCAGAUCAGAUCGCUGAUUCACUUUAACACUCUAGGAGUUUUAUCCAUUAUGCAAAAUUCAGUAAACAAUACAUAAAACUGAAUUAAAUAGAAGCCUUGCAAACCACAAAUGCAGACUACAGAUGUUAAUGGUUUCAUUUGGUUUAUUUAUUGCAAUAAAGAUGUACAAAGUACUGGUAAUCAUACAUGUUAAAAUGUUAGAAAAAGCAUAUCUGUGACUGUUAACAGUAUCAAAACAUUCCUGCUUCAACCAGCUGGGCCUUACACGUUUGAGUUAAAGCAGGAGAAAACUGGUUUGAGCCGCUUGUCAUCAUAUCUUUUUCUUCAUUGAAAGGCUACAGAUACAGACUCAAGGAGAAAGACAAUUUGCUAAAAUCAAAAGGAAACAAACUGCAAAAGAAAAUAAAAACCAUUGACAUGCAAAUCAAAUUACAACCAAAACUCCCAAGUAUUAAAAGACAAAAAAAAAAAAAAA